AUGGCCGCCGCCGAGCAGGAGGCGGACGCGCGCAAGAAGCCGGCGGCAGGGAAGCGGUGGGACGGCGCGCGGGGACGCGACCGCGACGCGUCGCCGGCGGCGCCGCGCGAGGACGCCGGGAAGGAAGGGGCGCUGGCGGAGUGCGCCGUCUCGUGCUGCGUCUUCUGCGCGUGCCUGCCGGUGGCCGUGCUCUGCUGCGUGGCGCGCGCGCCCGUCCGCGCCGCGCGCCGGUGCUGGCGGCUCAGGCGGCGGAGGCCCGCGCGGCGCCUCGCGCCGGGAGGCUCGUCGUCCUUCUCCGACGCCGAGCUCGGGGACCUCCGGCAGGGGCGGGUGCGGACAAUGGCCGACGAGGACGGAUCGCCGCCGCCGCCGCCGCCUCCGCGGCAACCGCCCCCUCGGGAUCGGGAGGAGGACCGGAGGAGGUAGCGAGUUGGUUAGUUAGCCUGGUUGAUUUUUCGCCGGCCCAGUUUUGCUGUGAUCUGCCGAGUAGGAUGAGCCGUUUCGAUCUGCCUCCGGCCCUCUCUCUUUUUUUUCGCUUUCCUUCCUUCUCUUUCUCGCCGUCGAUUAGCUCACGCCGAUGAUUAGCCGGAAAUUUCGGCAAUGAAGCAAGGUCGCUGCCCAGGACGCAGCACCACAUUACCUUGUCCAGAUUUUUCAGUAUAGACUAGUAGAUGAUUUAUCCCCGCAAAAGAAACAGGGUGGUGAUUUAUUGAUUUGACGGUUGCACCAAAAA